UAUUUUAUCUUGUUCUAAUUGGGAAUAAACAAUCCACACUUUAUGAGCCCGCAAUUUCAGUUGAUUCUAUGUGCUGCUUCUUCUCCUUCUUCCUCUUCAACAACUCCAAUUUUCCUUUUGAAAAGGAAUAAUCAAUAACACAAAGACAAAUCCAAUCAAUCAGAGCAAAAUCCAAAUGGGUAAUCUUUUCUGUUGUGUACAAGUUGACCAGUCUACAGUAGCCAUUAAGGAGAGAUUUGGCAGGUUUGAGGAUGUUCUUGAACCUGGAUGCCAUUGCCUACCUUGGUUUCUUGGAAGUCAACUUGCUGGCCACCUGUCGCUAAGAUUGCAGCAGUUGGAUGUUCGUUGUGAAACCAAGACUAAGGACAAUGUAUUUGUUAAUGUUGUUGCAUCUAUUCAAUACCGGGCACUGGCAGACAAGGCAAGUGAUGCCUUUUACAAGCUGACAAACACAAGGACACAAAUUCAAGCCUAUGUGUUUGAUGUUAUUAGAGCAAGUGUUCCGAAGCUAAAUCUGGAUGAUGUUUUUGAACAAAAGACUGAAAUUGCUAAAGCUGUUGAAGAAGAACUUGAGAAGGCUAUGUCUGCCUAUGGGUAUGAGAUUGUUCAAACACUUAUUGUGGACAUAGAACCUGACGAGCAUGUGAAGCGUGCGAUGAAUGAAAUUAAUGCCGCUGCAAGGCUGAGAGUGGCAGCUAAUGAGAAGGCAGAGGCUGAGAAAAUUUUGCAAAUCAAACGAGCUGAAGGUGAGGCUGAGUCCAAAUAUUUGUCAGGGCUGGGUAUCGCUCGCCAACGACAAGCAAUUGUUGAUGGUUUGCGAGAUAGCGUGCUUGGAUUCUCCGUUAAUGUCCCGGGGACUACUGCAAAGGAUGUUAUGGAUAUGGUCCUGGUUACCCAGUACUUUGACACCAUGAAAGAAAUUGGUGCUGCUUCUAAGUCCUCAGCUGUGUUUAUCCCUCAUGGUCCUGGAGCUGUUCGUGAUGUCGCUACUCAGAUUCGUGAUGGACUCCUCCAGGCCACACACCAGUAACUAUAUGAUUUUUUCUUAAGACAAGACAAGACAAGCAUUAGUAGUUUUUUAAGGAUAAUACCUGGUUUUAACGUUUACCUGUUUAGUUCUGGAUGUCAUUUUUACAUUAUGAGCACUGGAUGUACAUAUGGUGUGGGCAUAAACGGUUUGUGAAAUGCGUAAGAUAUUUUAUACUCUUAUAGAUGUUGAGUGAUCUUUAUUA